ACUGCUCUCUAUAUUCUCCCAUAAUUGCAUAGGCAGUCCCCCAAAACCUGUUCGAAUAUUUCAAUUAGGCACUUCAACUAAGAACAUUGACCUAUUAAACACCUGAACUAUUCUCAAAAUGUGUCAAUUUAAUCCCCAUUAGUUCAUCAUUCAUCAACAACCACAGUUACAGCAAUGAAAUCCGCAUCAAUUUCCAGCACAACAGAUUUCAGAACUUUCUCGAAUCUUCCGUCUUGCCGAAUUCCACUCUCAUCUCAUCGGCGCGUAGCUGAAACGCUCCAUUUAGUACCGGAAAGAGUAGGUAGCAGUACUAGUAGCAAAGCUAGAAGUACAACUAAAACCUUCAUUCGUUAUACUAUCUCUGCUAGCUAUGGUGAUAAUAAGGAAUAUACUUCUCCAGCGAAGGCAUUAAGGAAGGUUCUAGAAUCACCGGGAAUUCAUCAAGGUCCAGCUUGUUUUGAUGCUCUUAGUGCUAAGCUUGUUGAGCGAGCUGGAUUUGAUUUCUGCUUUACUACUGGUUUUGGAAUAUCAGCCGCACGGUUAGGAUUGCCAGAUGCAGGACUAAUUUCUUAUGGAGAGAUGGUGGCUCAGGGUCAAGAGAUCACACAAGCAGUGUCCAUACCAGUAAUUGGGGACGGAGAUAAUGGAUAUGGUAACGCCAUGAAUGUCAAGAGAACUGUGAAAGGAUAUAUUAGAGCAGGUUUUGCAGGAAUAAUCCUUGAAGAUCAGGUUUCUCCCAAAGCAUGUGGUCAUACACGUGGCAGGAAAGUUGUUUCGAGGGAGGAAGCAAUAAUGAGAAUAAAAGCGGCUGUUGAUGCUAGAAAAGAAAGUGGAUCUGACAUUGUGAUUGUGGCACGUACUGAUGCACGCCAAGCAGUCUCCUUCGAAGAAGCCAUUCGGCGGGCCCGUGCUUUUGCUGAUGCUGGCGCUGAUGUUCUGUUCAUCGAUGCUCUUGCUUCCAAAGAAGAGAUGAAAGCAUUCUGUGAUGUCUAUCCACUGGUUCCGAAGCUCGCAAAUAUGCUUGAAGGUGGUGGUAAAACGCCAAUAUUCACUCCUAUUGAACUUGAGGAACUUGGAUACAAACUUGUGGCAUAUCCACUUUCCUUGAUGGGGGUAUCAAUCGGUGCAAUGCAGGAUGCAUUAUCUGCCAUUAAAGGAGGUCGGAUACCAUCGCCAGGUAGCAUGCCUUCAUUUGAAGAGCUAAAAGAAAUCCUAGGUUUCAAUACCUACUAUGAAGAAGAGAAGCGUUAUGCAACAACAGGCAGUCAACUUCCUUCUCGGAAAGGCGAUUUCUCAUCAAGCAGCAUUGAGUAUGGUAUUCAACCCGGCAUCCAAGCUGAUAGAGAACUGAGUAGUCAAAUACCAGAGAGUCCUGUUGAGGUAUUGAUUCCUGAGGUGUAUGACAAAUUUUCUGGAGAGGGUGCGAAAGGAAAUUUCUCAGCGGCCUGGUCUCGGAAAUUAAGAGUAAAAAUAACUGGAAAAGAUGGAUCUGAAAAGCUAGAUAUCAGAAUUCCUGCUGGAUUUUUGGACGGAAUCACAAACGUAGUUCCAGACUUGGUAGGUGUAAAUAUCAAGUCUCUGUUGGAUGAGGCUACUUUAGAAGAGGGAGGGAAACAAUUGUUGGAUUUUCAGGAUACAAUGGGUGACAGGAUACAAGUUAUUUUGGAAUAAGGGAGCUGUUGUUUCUUAUUCCUGUAUUUUCCCAACUAAAAAUCAUUUUCAUGAAUAAAUCUAUGGCAAUCAAAAAGAAUUUGGUGAUUAUAUGGUAAGUGUCAUGUAUAUCCUUGGCCCUAGGGAUUUGGUCUAGUGGGAAGAGCAGAACGCAUGGUAUACGGUUUAGACGCACGUCAGAGGUGCAAAAUUGCUGCAGAUAAAUGCUUGUAUUUAGGUGGAAAAAAUAGAGGGAUGGUCUCAUUAUCCACCAAGUUUCGUAUUGUUCACCACUGGCCCUAGGGAAUUUCUCGACUAUAAAAAAAGAAAAAAUAUUUUAGCUUGUAUGAGCUCUCAUAUAUUUGUUUCACUUCACCUAAAAGAAGAGUACAGUAUCGAUGCUGAUUCCGAUAUCUCAAUUCUCAAGUGUUCUUGAUUUGUUGCAUAUUGUUAUUGACUCACUGUGAUCAAAUAUUGAUGUGUGAUGACAAACAAAACCUUGGGUAUAGAUGCAUAAUAUUAUACAAUGAUUCUACCAAGUUAAAA